GCGAAAAGCUCGAGGCUCUGCUGUGAGGACCGUCUCCCGCGCCUCGUCUCUGUUAGCCGCCGGGCGCUGACGCGGGGACGCAGAGAUUUGGGCACCACACAAACAAGGAAUUCAUUGUCAGGGACGGAGAUUGGAGUUGGCCUAAAGGUAAAAACUGUGUGAGUUCUGGGACGCGGAAGAGAAGCAGCGGUCAUUAUACUCUGAAGGUUAUCGUCAGACCCAGGGGUGCUGCUGGGUGCCAGUUUGUUCUUGCUCUUCCCUCCUUCUUGAUGCUGGCCUUGCCCAUCAAAAGUGACCUCAGGCCUCCACCGGACGCUUGGCUGACAACUCAGAGAGGUGGCAGCUAUGAAGGGCCAGCAACCUUCCAUAGCCUUCGUGGUCUCAUCCCAAGAGCAGGACGUACUGGCUCCCUUCAAGUUCUGACACGUUCGUGACUUUUUUUCUGCUCCUUCAACUACAUUUUUUGGAUCUUUAUCUUCCCAGCUCUUCCCACAAUCGUCACAGACCAGUGCAGUACUGACACUUCGUUAUCCCAGAGCAUAUUGUCCUGCCUGGACCCUCUGGAUGUGAGGACCCCUUCAUGGAAUUACCAUCGUAUGUCCAAUGGACUAAGCCUUGUUGGUUGAUGUGCUAACGGGAUCUAUGAGAAACACAUUACAAUUCAUAUUAAUGAUAUAGUUCGCUAGAGAAAAAUCAGAAAAGCAAAGGUCCCAGCACACCUGGAAAGUUCUGCUAGAACUCAGCUACAGAAAGUUCAGAGACAGCAAGUAAAACCUUUCAUGACCCUUGACCACCAGGUUGUCCACCAGACUCUUAAACGGUCACACCCUCCAACACCAAGCAGUGCACUUCUGGUACAGCAUGGACACCCGUCUCCCGAGAGUGACACUGGGCUCACUGGAAAUCCACUCACCAAGUUGCUAACUCUUGGGAAAGAAGAUGACAAUGUGGAAUGGCAUAUGGAGGACGUUAUUGAGGAUAUAAUCGGUAUGGAAUCAAGUUUUAAAGAGGAAGGAACAGACUCUCCUCUGCUAAUGCAAAGAACACUUUCUGGAAGUAUUUUGGAUGUGUAUAGCGGUGAGCAGGGAAUUUCACCAAUUAAUAUGGGCCUUACAAGUGCUUCUUGUCCAAGUAGUCUACCAAUGAAAAGAGAAAUUACAGAAACUGAUACUCGAGCUUUGGCAAAAGAGAGACAAAAAAAGGACAACCACAACCUCAUUGAAAGAAGAAGAAGGUAUAAUAUUAAUUACCGAAUCAAGGAGCUUGGCACUCUUAUUCCAAAGUCUAAUGAUCCUGAUACGCGCUGGAACAAAGGAACCAUUCUAAAAGCAUCAGUGGAGUACAUCAAGUGGCUACAAAAAGAACAACAGAGAGCUCGAGAAUUAGAACACAGACAGAAGAAAUUAGAGCAGGCUAACAGGCGCCUUCUACUCCGGAUUCAGGAACUAGAAAUACAGGCUCGUGCUCAUGGUCUGCCAACCCUGGCUUCACUUGGCACAGUUGAUUUAGGUGCUCACAUCACCAAACAACAGGCCCAUCUUGAGCAGAAUUCAGUAGACUAUUGCCAACAAUUGGUUCUGUCUCAGGGGACAAGCCCUGAGCUCUGUGAUCAAGCUAUGGCCUUCUCUGAUCCUUUGUCACACUUCACAGAUUUAUCAUUUAGUGCGGCUUUGAAAGAGGAACAAAGAUUGGAUGACAUGCUACUGGAUGACACAAUAUCUCCGUUUGGAACAGAUCCUCUGCUAUCUGCCACUUCCCCUGCAGUUUCCAAAGAGAGCAGUAGGAGAAGUAGCUUUAGCUCAGAUGAUGGUGAUGAGUUAUAAAAAAUAAACAGGCUCAAUUCAUCAACUGGGAAUCAAUUCUAUGCUGGUGCUAUGCAAUUAAGUUCUGUGUUUCAUAUAUUGCUUUGGCUCAAUUUUUCUGAAAGGAAUAUAUUGUUCAUGAAAAACUGAUUGGUUAGAAACGACAGA